CGCAUCCUGGCGCUCGCCCUGCAGUCCCGCAUCUCAGAGCGCAUCCUGGCGCUCGCCCUGCAGUCCCGCAUCUCAGAGGUGUUUGCAGUGGACAUCCACCCAGCAGCCCGCAUCGGGCGAGGCAUUCUGAUGGACCAUGGCACGGGCGUGGUGAUUGGCGAGACGGCUAUCGUGGGGGAUAGGGUGUCGCUGCUGCAGGGCGUCACGCUAGGAGGCACGGGGAAAGAAGCGGGCGACAGGCAUCCCAAGGUGCAGGAGGAUGUGCUGAUCGGAGCGGGGGCGACCGUGCUGGGCAACAUCAGCAUCGGGCAAGGCUCCAUGAUUGCUGCCGGAUCACUCGUGCUGAAGGACGUUCCACCCCACAGCUUAACCUCCUCCUAUGGCGGCCUCCGCCUCUCCGCCGCGCCGAGGUCCGCGGUGGCGCGCGGCAGCCGCCCGCCAAGGGCGACUCCGCUCCGCGGCUCCUCUGCCUCUGCCAGCAGCAGCGAUCGCGGCGCCUCGGCCGGCGACGGCGCGCCGUUGCGUCAAAACGCGCUGACGAACUUCAGCCCGCUCACAACGGGAGUGGCGACGGGAAAAGCGGCGCAAUGCGUCCCUGUCGACCUGCGGCUGGCCGUGCUGCUGGGCGGAUUCGCGUUUGAGGCGUACUCGACUCCGGAGCAGGGGAGCGAUAAGCUCUCGGAUAAGGACGGCCAGGGGUGCAAAGCUCGCUUCACCUCCACGCCCUUCGCCCACGAGCUCUUUCAGGGGCAGCUCUCCGUGCGAGCACUGAAGGCCACCGGGAACAUCAUGGCGCGCCAUGCUGAGCUGGCGCUGGUGACGUCAGCAGGGAAGCCCGCCACGUGGAAUGGCGUCGCUUGCACCAGCAAAGCUGAAAACCUGACGAACCCAUCGUGGCCCGAACAACUGCAGCUGCUGGUGCCUCGUGCUUCUCCCUCUGACACCUUGCUGCAGAUCAACUUGCACUACUGGAAUGCUGACAAUGACGAUGACGACACUAACGAUUAUGUGGUUGGCACGGCCACCAUUGCCCUCACUGACUUGAUCAAAGGUUCAAACACCCAGAUUCCCGAGGUCGUAGGGCUUACGCUGACUCACGACGGCAAAAAGACAGGCAGUGUUUCCAUGGAGUGGUUGGUGGGCCUUACGCCGACUCACGAUGGCAAAACGACAGGCAGUGUCUCCAUGGAGGUAUGUGUGUGGGAGGGAGGUGCAUCUGGGGUAGCGUCGGUGCGCGCAGAGGAGCAACCUGGACGGGGUCCGCGGCGAAGGGGGGACCGUUGGUCACCUCAAUGUGGACGUGAGUCGGCGCCCCACUCGCCCGGGCCUACCUCACCACCUCUACGAACGUGUUCGCGGCGCGAUCGAGGGCGGGAUCCGGCUGGGGGCCAUUCCCGCCCCGCCCUUCGCCAUUCCGCCGGCCCCGCCGUCCCCCGGAACCAGCCGAAUGUGGACGCGAGGGAGACUGCUCGCGGCGACCCGAAUCCCAGCGACGCCCAGGCGACCCCCUCCCCCGCGUCGCCGGAGAUCGCUGCGGAGAGCGUUGCGCGGGGGAUCGCGCUCGGAGUGAGCGCUGGCCUGCCCGACCACGAGGGGAUGGGCGGCGAGGAGAGCGAGGACAUGCACGGGAGCGCUGAUCCCCCUCCCCGCGCUGAUAGUGCUCGCGACGCUCAGGAGAAGGGCGGCGAGGAGAGAGCUGCCGAGGAGGCUGACGUGGAGGCGAGCGCGCGCGAUCAUCCCGCGGCUGACCUUCCGGACGGUUCGACGCAACACGUGCCGGCGCCCACGAAUACUCCGGCGAGGUGGGGCGCGCGGCAGGCCGAUGGGGUAGUGUUUGCACCCGCUCGAAGCGGCGGACGGGCUCGCUCGCGGAGGGGUGCGCAAGGAGACGCGGACGGGGCCCGGGAGGCGCAGGCUCCGGCAGCGCGCUUUCCGCGGAACCCUCCAGCUCCGGAUCCCGUCUCGCGGAUGGAUCCAUCACCCCCGAUCGUACCGCAGCCGACGCCAGCGCGCCGACGAAGCGAACGCGAGACAGUCGCGGCGCCGCAGACGGGGCGCGAGGGAGCGGCUGUUGGAAGAGCAACGCGUGGAAUCCGCGUGGGACGUGGCAGCCGCCGUGGACGACGAGGUAACGAGAGAGGACGAAGAGGCGGUGGAACACGGGGUUCAAACAGGCGCCGCACUGGCGCAAGCGGCUACGCGAGGAAUGCGGAAAGGCUGAUGCGAAACGGCGCGGAGGGCGGCGAGGAACCGCCUAGCGAGGAGGCAGAGGAGGAAGUGGAGAAUGAGGAGAGCGACGAGGGUGACCCCGCUUUUAACCCUGAAAGAGAGGGGAUGUUGGGAGCAGAAGCUGAGGAUGACGAGGAGGAGUUAGAACUUUUGCUUCGAGGAGAGGAGUUGCCCAACCCAAAUGUCCGAGGCGAACCUGUCAACCGAACCACAGCCCAGAACCGAGCCGCGGGGGGAAACCACGCGAGGGGGGGAAAUCGAGCCGCGACAGAGACUGGAGUUGACUCUGCGACGGCCAAUGAGAAUGCAGCAGCCCCAAUUCCAACCCCCCCAAUGCUCAAACCCGACGACCUGGCGAAAAAUACUGACCUGUUCGCCCAGGUUGCCAACUGGGACAUUGGCCUGCUGCGAGACAGUCGCCAACCCCCAGUUGCCCGCCACCCUCCAAAAGACCUUCGCGAGUCUUUCGCGAUCUGCCUGCUGACACCGCUACUCCACCUGGCAGCCAACCCCGAGUCAGAACCUGGCUGGUUGUUACUCACCUUCCUCCCUCGCCUUCUUCUUCGCUCCUCGUCAGCCCGUAAGCCUGAUUGGAGCGCGAUGAUGAACAGGCUCCUGCGUUUUCGCCAGGGGCUGUGGGCCGGCCUCUACGAAGAAGCUGCCGAAUCGAUCUCCCUCCCCCCGCAGCCUCGCCACGCCCCUGACACAACUGGAAUUCUCGCCAGAGCGGAGGGCCUGGCAAAGCGUGGUAACCUCUCAAAAUCGUUGCAAUCCCUGCAAGCCACGCCCGUUUCGCCCGCCUCACCUGAAGUUCUUGAGGCCCUCAGGACGAGACACCCACUCGCAACCCAACCGCUACCUGAUUGGCUGCACGCUGCCACGGCGGAAAAUCCUCCCGCUAUCGAAGCCCGCGACCUCAGAAGGAUCAUCGCCAAGCUCCCCAAUGGAGUAGGGGCGGGCCCCUCGGGAACUACCUUCGAACAUCUCCGUGAUGCAGCACUGGGAAACGCUGAAGUCUUCACCCACCUCCUAGCCCUCACCAACACGGCGCUGGCAGGGAAGCUACCAGCCGUUGCGGGAGAGCUACUUACCGCCUCUCGUCUUUUGGCCUUCACGAAACCCCACGGUGGGACGAGGCCGAUCGCUGUUGGGGAGUGCCUACUUCGGAUCAUCGCCAAAGCCGCCCUUUUCCUGAUCGCGCCCGCCGCUAGAUCUCACUUCGUCCCCCUACAGUUCGGCGUGGCGGUAGCGGGGGGCAUCGAGGCCGCUAUACAGAUCGACCUCGCGAAUGCGUUCAACGCGGUCGAGAGGAGCGCGGUGUUCGAGGGCAUCCACCCCUGCCUCGUCGCGACGGCAGCGGCUCGCCCGCACGUGGUCCUACUCGCCUACGCCGACGACAUCACGCUGCUGGGUGAUGCGUCUGCCUGCGCCGCGGCCUUCGACCACCUCACAGCCGCGCUCGCCUCCCUGGGGCUCCUUCACAACCCUGCUAAGUGCGCGGCUUGGUCCGCCGCCCCAAUUGACCCUGCCUCCGUCCCCCCCGGCAUCACCAUCUCGACCGAAGGGCUGCAGAUCCUCGGCAGCCCCGUUGGCACAACGCAGGGCUGCGCCGCGGCUGUCAGGGACAGACUUACGGCAGCAGCGCAACCGCUCCCGUUGCUAGCGCAAAUGGAUCCGCAGCUCUGCCUCCUCCUCCUCACACGUUGCGUCAGCCGCCGCGCCUCCUUCCUAGCAAGGACAACCCCGCUGGAGGUCCUGCCCACAGCAGAAUGGUCGGCAUGGGGGGAGCGGCUGCUCCACGCGUUCCUAGAGGCCGCGCACAUUGUUGCGCCAAGGAGCAACGCGGAAAGGAGGCGUAUUUGGCGGCAGGCAGCGCUCCCCGUUACCUUGGGGGGUUUAGGCAUUACGGACCCGGCGGUGGAGGGGACUUACGCGUACCUGGCCUCGGUGGUCGGCGCGGCUCACCUCCUGCACUCGCUAGCCGACUCCCUACACCCCGCCAUAGCCGCACUGCUCCCCCUUAUGGACUCCGCCCCGGACUCCGCAGCGGCCCUGCCCUCGCGCCUAGCUGCAGCUGAAGCGGCCCUGCCCCCUGACGGCCUGGAGGCCCUUCAGGCUGAUUCAGAAUCCGGCACAUGGUCAGCAUGGGGUCUCUCCCCGCGCGAGUGGGGGGAGGUGCAGUCAGCGCUUCGCGCGGAAACGCCGUCGGCCAGCCAGGAGUCCGGCCAACAGAUAAGCGCGGCGCAGAGAAGCCGGGGACCUGACGGGGGGUGCGGAACUGAGCCCUCCCCUCACGCGCGGGCUGAUAUUUGCGCAGCGUCGGCGCGCGCAGAGGAGCAACCUGGCCGGGGUCCGCGGCGAAGGGGGGACCGUUGGUCACCUCAAUGUGGACGUGAGUCGGCGCCCCACUCGCCCGGGCGUGCCUCACCACCUCCACGAACGUGUUCGCGGCGCGAUCGAGGGCAGGAUCCGGCUGGUUGCCAUUCCCGCCUCGCCCUCCGCCAUUCCGCCGGCCCCGCCGUCCCCCGGAACCAGCCGAAUGUGGACGCGGGGGGGACUGCUCGCGGCGACCCGAAUCCCAGCGACGCCCAGGCGACCCCCUCCCCCGCGUCGCCGGAGAUCGCCGCGGAGAGCGUUGCGCGGGGGAUCGCGCUCGGGGUGAGCGCUGGCCUGCUCGACCACGAGGGGAUGGGCGGCGAGGAGAGCGAGGACGUGCAGGGGAGCGCUGAUCCCCCUCCCCGCGCUGAUAGUGCUCGCGAUGCUCAGGAGAAGGGCGGCGAGGAGAGGGCGGCCGAGGUGGCUGACGUGGAGGCGAGCGCCCGCGCUCAUGCCGCGGCUGACCGUCCGGGCGGUUCGACGCAACACGUGCAGGCGCCCACGAAUACUCCAGCGAGGUGGGGCGCGCGGCAGGCCGAUGGGGAAGUGUUUGCACCCGCUCGAAGCGGCGGACGGGCUCGCUUGCGGAGGGGUGCGCAAGGAGACGCGGACGAGGCCCGGCAGGCGCAGGCUCCGGCAGCGCGCUCUCCGCGGAACCCUCCAGCUCCGGAUCCCGUCUCGCGGAUGGGUCCAUCACCCCCGAUCGUACCGCAGCCGACGCCAGCGCGCCGACGAAGCGAAAACGAGACGGUCGCGGCGCCGCAGACAGGGCGCGAGGGAGCUGCAGUUGGAAGAGCAACGCGUGGAAUCCGCGUGGGACGCGGCAGCCGCCGCGGACGACGAGCUAACGAGAGAGGACGAAGAGGUGGUGGAACACGGGGUUCAAACAGGCGCCGCACUGGUGCAAGCGGCUACGCGAGAAAUGCGGAAAGGCUGAUGCGAAACGGCGCGGAGGGCGGCGAGGAACCGCUUAGCGAGGAGGCAGAGGAGGAAGUGGAGAAUGAGGAAAGCGACGAGGGUGACCCUGCUUUUAACCCUGAAAGAGAGGGGAUGUUGGGAGCAGAAGCUGAGGAGGACGAGGAGGAAUUGGAACUUUUGCUUCGGGGAGAGGAGCUCCCCAGCCCAAAUGUCCGAGGCGAACCUGCCAACCGAACCACAGCUCAGAACCGAGCCGCGGGGGGAAAUCACGCAAGGAGGAGAAAUCGAGCCGCCACAGAGACUGGAGUUGACUCUGCGACAGCCAAUGAGAAUGCAGCAGCCCCAAUUCCGACCCCCCCAAUGCUCAAACCCGACGACCUGGCGAAAAAUACUGACCUGUUCGCCCAGGUUGCUGACUGGGACAUUGGCCCGCUACGCGACAGUCGCCAACCCCCAGUCGCCCGCCACCCUCCAAAAGACCUUCGCGAGUCUUUCGCGAUUUGCCUGCUGACACCGUUACUCCACCUGGCAGCCAACCCCGAGUCAGAACAUGGCUGGAUGUUACUCACCUUCCUCCCUCGCUUACUUCUUCGCUCCUCGUCAGCUCGCAAGCCUGACUGGAGCGCAAUGAUGAACAGGCUCCUGCGAUUUCGCCAAGGGCUCUGGGCCGGCCUCUACGAAGAAGCUGCCGAAUCGAUCUCCCUCCCCCCGCAGCCUCGCCACGCACCUGACACAACUGGAAUUCUCGCCAGAGCGGAGGGCCUGGCGAAGCGUGGUAACCUCUCAAAAUUGUUGCAAUCCCUGCAAGCCACGCCCGUGUCGCCUGCCUCACCUGAAGUUCUCGAGGCCCUCAGGACGAGACACCCACCUGCAUCCCAACCGCUACCUGAUUGGCUGCACGCUGCCACAGCGGAAAACCCUCCCGCCAUCGAAGCCCGCGACUUCAGAAGGAUCAUCGCCAAGCUCCCCAAUGGAGUGGGGGCGGGCCCCUCAGGAACUACCUUCGAACAUCUCCGUGAUGCAGCACUAGGAAACGCCGAAGUCUUCACCCACCUCCUAGCCCUCACCAACACGGCUCUGGCGGGGAAGCUACCAGCCGUUGCGGGAGAGCUAUUUACCGCCUCUCGUCUUUUGGCCUUCACGAAACCGCACGGUGGGACGAGGCCGAUCGCGGUUGGGGAAUGCCUACUUCGGAUCAUCGCCAAAGCCGCUCUUUUCCUGAUCGCGCCCACCGCUAGAUCUCACUUCGUCCCCCUUCAGUUCGGCGUGGCAGUAGCGGGGGGCAUUGAGGCCGCUAUACACACGGCACCGGCUCACCCGCAGGUGGUCCUACUCGCCUACGCCGACGACAUCACGCUGCUCGGUGAUGCGUCUGCCUGCGCCGCGGCAUUCGACCACCUCACAGCCGCGCUCGCCUCCAUGGGGCUCCUUCACAACCCUGCUAAGUGCGCGGCUUGGUCCGCCGCCCCAAUUGACCCUGCCUCCGUCCCCCCCGGCAUCACCAUCUCGACCGAAGGGCUGCAAAUCCUCGGCAGCCCCGUCGGCACAACGCAGGGCUGCGCCGCGGCAGUCAGGGACAGACUUACGGCAGCAGCUGAACUGCUCCCGUUGCUAGCGCAAAUGGACCCGCAGCUCUGCCUCCUCCUCACACGUUGCGUCAGCCGCCGCGCCUCCUUCCUGGCAAGGACAACCCCGCUGGAGGUCCUGCCCACAGCAGAAUGGUCGGCAUGGGGGGAGGGGCUGCUCCACGCGUUCCUAGAGGCCGCGCACAUUGUCGCGCCAAGGAGCAACGCGGAAAGGAGGCGUAUUUGGCGGCAGGCAGCGCUCCCCGUUACCUUGGGGGGUUUGGGAAUUACGGACCCGGCCGUGGAAGGGAGUUACGCGUACCUCGCUUCGGUGGUCGGCGCGGCUCACCUCCUGCACUCGCUAGCCGACUCCCUACACCCCGCCAUAGCCGCACUGCUCCCCCUUAUGGACUCCGCCCCAGACUCCGCAGCGGCCCUGCCCUCGCGCCUAGCUGCAGCUGAAGCGGCCCUGCCCCCUGACGGCCUGGAGGCCCUUCAGGCUGCUAAUACACGGACCAUUCGAGAGAGAGGGGAUGUGAGAGUGAGGGAUGGGAGAGUUAGAGUGAGGGGUGGGAGAUUGAGGGAUGGAAGAGUGAGGAGCGGGAGAGUGAGGGAUGGGAGAGUGAAGGAUGGGAGAGUGAGGGAUGGGAAAAUGGGCGAUGGGAGAAUGAGGGAUGGGAGAAUGAGGGAUGGGAGAGUGAGGGAUGGGAGAGUGAGGGAUGGGAGAGUGAUGGAUGGGAGAGUGAGGGAUGGGAAAGUGAUGGAUGGACCUUUCUCUCAGCACCCCUCUUCCCACUUCCGCCUUUUCACAGGCUCCCUCUCUCUCUUCCCACCCACACAGGCCUGCGUCUUGCUCUCACUCUCACAUGCUAUUCUGCCCCAUAUCUUCGAGCCUCUCCCCAUCCUCCAGAAGCUUAUUGACGCCCCGCUUCCCAAGUCCGCAACAGUACCCCAGGCAGGCUCAAAAGCUGUAGACGAAGCAGCAGCCUAUGGGCUCACACUCACGGACCAACAGGCAGUUGAAACUCUUUUUUCCAGUGGUGCCGAUGCCGUGAAGCUCGCCGCCUGGGAGAACCUUUCGCGGGCAGCUGCGGGCGAGCAGCAGGAAUUCUUCAAGUCGGCGUUUGAGUGCGUGUGUUUUCUGAGCGGUGACAGGACGGACACUCAGGUGUUCGUGUGGAGGGACAAGGACCCGCUGAGGAAGAGGCUAGUGGUGGCGUUCCGAGGCACAGAGUUUGUAAGUGAGACCUCGUUUGACAACGGACAGGUGGGAACUGGACAGGUGGGAACUGGGCAGGUGGGAACUGGGCAGGUGGGAACUGGACAGGUGGGAAGUGGGCAGGUGGGAAGUGGGCAGGUGGGAACUGAAGAGAUGGGGGACUGGAGAACUGAAGAGAUGGGGAAUUCGACAUGUGGGAACUGA